AUGGCCAACACGGACACUCGCCAGAUUCGUGACGGCGACAACGGCAAUCAUGGAAAUUUGAGGUCGUUCUUGCCGAAAGCGCUGCUCUACGCGUUCCUGUCGCUUGUGUUCAUGAACAUUUUUGGAAAGGCGCCGAUGGUCUCGGUGCAAAACACGAAGUCAGUACAGCCUCAGUCGCCAGCGCCGCCGUCCACGCUGUCAAGUUUACGUCCGCUUGCUCGACAAGGGGAGCGCUUUAACGUCGUAGUCGAAACGCAGCCGCCCCUGUUCGAGCCGCUUAAAUUCGAGAACCUCUUGUUCAGCCACGACGCAUUGGCGGCGGCGAAUCUGAGCGUGACGAUUCCCGUCGACCUGAAGCCGUGCGCGACCGCCAACUGCACAGUAACGCUGCGCGUACAGUGGUCUCUGCGCAACUACACAUUUUCAUUAACAGCGCCGCUUGUGCGCUUUUUCCGCGAUACCGCUGUGCAAAAGAAGUACCUCUUCGGCAACAACAGCGAGGGUGAGAGCGCGAAUGUGGAGGCGACAGUCAGCACUGCGUACAAGCAAUACUUCCAGCCCGAGGUGACACUGAGCCCUGUCGUCUUCUUCGAUUACCCUCUUCCGGACGCUUGCUUCGAGUUCACUCCCGUGGUAGAGUCGCGACCCGGCUUUUACGGCCCGUCGCUCUACAUCAACAACUUUUGGAUGCUGCGUGAGCAUCAUGUGCAGCUGAAUGCAAGCAGCACGUCACAGCCGCUCAACUUCACUGUGCACCUCACCCCACUUCCGCGAUGGAAGGUGCUUCUGUACACCCAGUUCGAAAAGACUAUGGCGACGCAAGCAACCGCCGGCUUCUCGAAAGCUUCAGAAGCGGAAGAAACAAAGAGGAUGCUGCUAGACGUAAGCACGAGGAAUCCGGUCCUUCUCGUGGUCACGGCGAUUGUGACGGUGCUGCACUCCGUGUUUGAGUUCCUCGCCUUCUCGAACGAUGUGAAAUUCUGGAAGGGCCGUAAGGACUUUCGAGGUCUCUCCGUCCGCAGCAUUAUCAUCAGCUGCUACUUUCAGUCCGUUAUUUUCCUCUAUCUCCUUGACAGCCAAGAAACUUCGUGGGCCGUGCUCGUGCCGUCUGGAAUGGGUGCUUUCAUGGAGUUUUGGAAGCUUGCAAAGACGCUCAAGAUAGUAAAAGUCGAGGCCGAGGUCACAACCGCCGUGGAGGAACAGGGGGCAGCGAGGGAGUCAGCGGGAAAGAAGAAAAAGUGGAGGAUUGCCGGGUACGACAUCGGGUUUACCGACUCGUACGAUUCCCGGACGCAGAAGCACGACGACGUGGCAGUGCGGUAUCUUAUCUACGCGAUGAUUCUGCCUCUGACAGGCUACACUGUGUACUCAGCCCUGUACAAAACACAUCGGAACUGGUACUCUUUCCUGAUCUCCACACAAGUUCAAUUCAUCUACAGCUUUGGCUUUGCGCAGAUGACCCCACAGAUUUUCAUCAACUACAAAAUGAAGAGUGUCGGCCAGCUUCCGUGGCGCACAUUCAUCUACAAAUCCCUCAACACCGUCAUCGACGACCUCUUCGCCUUUGUCAUUAAGAUGCCUUGGCUUCAUCGACUUGCCUGCUUUCAAGACGAUAUAGUGUUUGCCAUUCUCCUCUAUCAGCGCUGGAUCUACCCUGUUGACAUGUCCCGCUUCGACGGAGACAGCGGCGCAGAUGUGGCAGAGGAAGGCGCCCCGGCAGCAGAGGCGGUCGAGUCAGAUAAAAAGAAUCAGUAA